ACUGUCAAUAGUGUCAACUCGCCGUUGUCACGCUUCUUUCUUUUGCUUUCUUUCGCGUUAAAAGGCAUUUCCGUAGCAAAAUGUCGCUCAAUUUAGUUGUAAAAAUACAUCCUGUGGUUUUGUUUCAAAUAGUAGAUGCUUACGAGCGUCGAAAUGCCGAUUCACAUAGAGUUAUUGGUACUCUUUUGGGUACCUCCGAUAAGGGAGUAGUAGAAGUCACUAAUUGUUUCUGCGUACCUCACAAAGAGCAUGCUGACCAAGUGGAAGCUGAACUCAACUACGCCAUGGAUGUUUAUGAACUAAAUCGAAGAGUUAAUGCAUCAGAAAAUAUAGUUGGGUGGUGGGCGACGGGCAACGAGGUGACGAACCACUCGUCGGUGAUCCACGAGUACUACGCGCGCGAGUGCCGCGAGCCGGUGCACGUGACGCUGGACACGUCGCUGUCGGGCGCGCGCAUGGGGCUCCGCGGGUACGUGUGCGCCGCGCUGGGGGUGCCGCGCGGCAAGCAGGGCUGCAUGUUCACGCCCAUCGAGGUGUCGCUCACCACCUACGAGCCGGAGAUCGUGGGGAUGCAGCUGUGUCAGAAGACCAUGGCGGGGGGCGGGCGGGGACGGCAGGUGCAGCCCGUCAUGGACCUGGCGCAGGUGGCCGACGCUGCGGCCAAGCUGUCCUCGCUGCUGGACCAGAUGGUGUCGUACGUGGAAGAGGUGUUGGGCGGGACCGUGGAAGGAAACAACGCGGCCGGACGACAGCUGCUGGAGCUGGUGACGGCGCUGCCGGCCCUCGCCGCGCACUCCUUCCAGGACUCCUUCGCGGCCAGCGUCAAGGAUCUGCUCAUGGUGGUGACUCUCGCACAACUGAUCAAGACACAACUGCAACUGAACGAAAAAUUGACGCUGCUGACGUCGCAGUGAGCGCCGCGCCGAACGCAACUCUAUUACGCAAAGAAUACAGCCCAUUGUGCUUUGUCAGCAACGACUACCAUUGUGGAUACCGACACUCAUUCUCAAGUUGUAGGUGUUGACAAUCUAGCCUACGUACUUCCAAUAAAGUGACUCUAAACACAAUGUUUUUUUUUUCAUUACUUAUAGCGCCGAAUACCACUCUAUUACGCAGGAAAUACAUUCCAUUUUGCUUAAUCAGCAGCGACUACCAUUGUGAAUACCUACACACGAGCCCGUAUUAUAGAUCAUUUCUCAGUAAUAAAAUCUAGUUUUAAACUUACAUUAAAAAAAAGGGUAGAUACGGCACUAGCCUCACAAAAGUGAUCCGCACCAAUUGUGGUCCACGACCCUAAUCGCUUUAGUCACAACUUGACAUGCAAACC